AUGGGGGGGGGUCAGAGUGACCAAUUUUCGCUUCCUCCACUUCUUAACCAUCUUGGCAUAUGCACUUCUACUCCAUAUUCUGCUUUGCGAAGGGGUCUCAAUCGCGUCUGCCUCAACAUCCCAGACGGUUGGCGCUCUGGUGAUGUGCCCUCACGUAACCAAAUUAGGGACAAGACUGAGCUGACUUGCACCACUUGCGCAGGAAUACGAUGA